GUGCCGACUAAUUUCUAAUGCAGAUACGUACGUUUGUAUGUUGCAGGUGACGUACGCCGAACGGGCCAGUAUUUAUGCCAGUAUGCCAAUCAGAUGCCAGUAGAGAGCCAGUAUCUGUAUCUGUCGCUACCAAUAGCCAAUUAAUAAGUUACUUAGAUAGUUAAAUUAAUAGGCAAUACAUCACCAUUUUUGGAUAAUCGUUUACUAGACAACGUCGUUUACAGACGUUAAUCGUUACACGUAAUCAUAAAUAAUCGGGGAGCAAUAAAGAAUCGAGUCGAGAAGCAAUUAUAUUCUCAUCGUAAUCACAAUUUUCCGCGAUCUCGUUCGUCGGUAAACUAACCCCCGGUUUCUUUUUUCUCGUAACAUAUAUAUAUAUAUAUGUAUAUGUAUAUAUAUAUUUUUUUUUUCUUUUUUGUGUUAAUUACCAGUGACCACGUGCGGUCGGGAAAUAAUAUAUAUCUAAAUCGAACAGUGAGAUCGAGCUGUGAUUAUUGAAGUGGACCGACCGAUCGAUUUCUCGGCUGUGAAGUGAAUUAAUACCCCAGGAAAACGAUCGAAACGGAGAAAGGAAGUUGAACAGCGUACACGGGCGAGCAAACGCUGGAAACGCUGACUUACUUCGAGAGCGCCAACCUGCAAUCAAGGUUCAUGGUUUUCAUGGAUGAGAGCGAGCUCUCGAGCAAGCGGUGGGCCAGUGCGCCACGCCGCCCGGACAGCCCCUGCGUCCUGGGGGCACCAACGUCUAGGGAGGCGGCGGGACCGCCGGUGCAGCUGGAACCAGUGGACCUGUCCGUGAAAACUCCUGUGGUGUUGCAGGUGCCUCGGUACAGUCCAGCGGCUAUAAUUACAGCAGCGGCUAGAAGAAUCCCUUCACCUUCGACGACACCCACGCCACCGCCGCUCUCCAUAUCUACCGUGACACCGCCACUACCGGCAAUCGGAGAAUCAGCGUGGGAGAGGGAUCACGAGCGAGCUCGGGAGAGACACAGGGAACGAGAACGCGAGAGGGUGCGCGAAAGGAGUACGGAGAAUGAGCGCAGGGAACGGCAGCAGGAAAGAGAAUCAGGGAUCAGGGAAAGGGAGCCACGAGAUCGAGAAAAGGAUCGAGAACGCGACAGGGAGAGGCAGAGGGACAGAGAAAGGGACAGAGACGUGUCGGUCUGCAUGAUGGAACCGCUCGAUCCUGUCUUCGUGUCCUCCUCGGCGGCCCUCCUCGCAUUGCAGAGGAUAAAGGAAACGUCCUUGGUCUUUCACAAGCGUCCCGCACUGGCGACCGGAAUAGGAAUCAGCAGUAGAGGAAACGCUGGGGUCGGUGGAAAUGGCGGAGGUUUAGGGGUCGACAGCGAGUGCGGCGACGCGUUGAAGAGACGCAAAGUUCACAGAUGCGAUGUGGCCGGCUGUGACAAGGUGUAUACGAAGAGCUCCCACCUGAAGGCUCACAAGAGAACUCACACCGGCGAGAAACCGUACCAGUGCACAUGGGAGGGCUGCACGUGGAAAUUCGCGCGUUCCGACGAAUUGACGCGGCACUAUCGCAAGCACACGGGUCAGAAACCGUUCAAGUGCCAUCUUUGUCAGCGAUCGUUUUCGCGGAGCGAUCAUCUAUCGCUUCACAUGAAAAGACACUGAUGAAGUGGACCGUCUAGCCGAUGAAAGGGGGACGAAGAAGCGGAAUAAGAAGAAGCGAACGGGGAAAGAAAAUCACCGUCCCGAGAAAUCGGGACUCGAAUCGUGAUCGUGGAUGACGACAAUGAGAUUCUUCUUUUUAUAUUCGGGACCUGAAAAGCCUCGGCUCGGCCACCGAUACGGUGGUCGGAGGCGGAAACUAGGAGAAAAAGAAACGAAGAAGCAAACAAAUCGUUCAUUAGGUUUAGAGGUCUAACGAAAGUAUCUCUGUAAUUAUUGGUGGAUGAUCGUGCGAACCUGUCAGCAGUCGCGAUGCUCGAAUCGCUGUGAAACGUGCUGCUUUUUUUUUUUUUUUAUUUUCAUUGUUUUGUUCGUUGUUGCAUAGAUUCUAUCAGAAGUGAACCUCUAUUUUGAAAUCUGUUGAACGGAGUUAGGACGUAAGAAUUGUUGAUAUUUGAAAUUCUCGUGGAAAAUUUAUUUAUUCUGUUGUCAAAUUGAUGUUUCUUUUUUUUUUUUUCGCGGAUUGAGCGUAUUCGCAACGGAUACGCGGGAAGCUGAGCUUCGACGAAGUCUGCGCAAGCGAUUGCUGCAGGUUCAGCGCAACCAGCACGCGACAUCGCGUCAUUUCUGUUUCUAUUUCUAGCCAAUUUUUACUUGUUCGUAUUUCCAGUUUGUUUUCUCUCUCUCUCUCUCUCUCUUUUUUUUUGUACGAUUAAAUAAGGCCAGCUCAACUAGUCUAGAGCACCAUGUAUCGUCUAUUGCGAAGAAUAGAGCCAGUAAAGGGGAAAGAAAUAAUAUCGUUAAGGUAAUUAAAUGGUUAAAUAAGUAAAGUGAAUAUCGAACUCCGGUGACGGAGCUUGGGACUUAGCAUGCUCAGUUAAAUAAACUACAAUCGUGAUCGUGAACAUUUUGUAAAGCAUUGAAUAGCGAUUUUUCGAGGUAAAUGCACAAAGAAUUUCGCGUUUAGGGACGGACAAUCAUUAACAACGUUCUCAUUGUCAACGGAAACAAAGGAAUCAGACGCUCUAAAAGCCAGUAUUACGUGUCCAUUAAGCAAUACGGUAACGUAUAUACCGUCUACGGCAUUACGAUGCUUUCUUCGAAUCUUUGUGUUUUCAUUCCUUUUCUUUUUCUUUGUUUGUUAGUCGCGAAAAUUCUUCGAUCGUACCGGUCCGAUCGGUGCGCUUUUCUGUCCACACAAGGUGCCAAAGUAGAAGGUGCAAAAAUGUACGUACGGUAUUGUCCAUCGAUACAUCGUUGCGCUCAAACGUGGAAAAGAUGAAAGUAGAUCGAAGAAUUAUUUUUUUAAACGCUUUUGUAUCGCGCGUUCGUCGAACGUUUUCGCAGGCUUGAUUCGUGCACAUUUUAUUUUGGCAUCUGCAACGAAACGGUAGCUCAAGGUACACUUAUCAAUCGCGGCCAAUCGAAAGCGCUCGUGCGCGCCAACUAUCUUCAAAACGCAAGAACGUACGUCUACGUUCCUCGUGGUUUCGAAAACUGUAAAUAGAAGGUCGUGUCAGGGCUCGAUAUCAUUGACGCAUCGAGUCGACUGUUCAAUUAUCGGCAAUCCAUGUUGGAUGAAGCGCGGUUCCGAAAGCAACGGUAUAAAAUGUGAAUUCUGUGUAUCGAGACAUAUCGAAAUCGAACGAAGACAUCGACUCUGGUGCGUUGAAGAGCGACACGAGGCUGAGGUCUCGCGAUGCGUUCCUGAACGCAACUAUAGUUGAAUCGAAGUCCACUGGCUGCUCGAAGUCACUUCCGCGAACCUCGAUUCUCACUUUCAGAGACAAAGUGUGUGUAUUGAAUUAGUUACUCAGAGAACACGAGAAAUAGCGCAAGGAAGUGGUCAAGGAUGACCAAAAGGCGGGGAUGAUGGGUGACCUCGAGCGACCAGAUAAUUUUGAUUCGACCACGCUCGCAGGAUAAACAGAACAGGAGUGCAGAUUUAUAAAAGCUAGGACGACGAGAUCGUGCCAAGUUACAUUCAUGUUCUAUUUUUUCUGCGAAGAGCACGAACAAGACAUUUCGUGCGAUCUCAGCCGGACGUGUCGCAGGAAAGUCGAACACGCUAUUCGCGUAGCGAUGCGUAUUGUAAAUAAUUUAGAAACCUUGAGAAGUACGACGUUUCCGUAUACAGCACGUGUGUAGCAUUCCCUCCCACCCACAACCCCCGUUUUCUUCGAACCUGUGUUUUCGCCGCUGCGCAAGUAACGCGACUAAUGGUAGCUAAAGAAAAGCAGAAACUAUUUCGAAGCUAGUUAAAACGAUGGAACAAGAUGCCAGUAUAUGCUAGAGCCAGUUUAUAUCAUUAAAGAGAAACCUCUACGUGUAAGAUUAAUGCGAAGAUUGAUAAAUUAAUAUUUGUUACGUGUUGUAUUUUCAUAGGGAAUAGUGCCUUUUAAUGUUAAGAGAGAGGACGCUGCGUUAGGCCUUAAGUAUACUGCUAGUGCCUUAAGUCACGCGAAUCUUCGUGCUUGUACACAUUUCAUAACCCUUCGAAUCCUCGCUCGGAGGACCAGCGAAAUGUCCAACCGAUUACUUUUCUUCGUCGUACACCGAGCCUCGCGUUUUCCUGGGAAAAUCGACAAUCCCGUCUAUCAAGAUCCGCGGUUGCACGAUGAGGAAUCGAUCUCGCGCUAUCGACUUUAGAUCGUAGAUCCUUGUAUCGAAAUGAUGUGCGGUAGUAUCUCAAAAGUCGGAACCCUCUUUAUUAAUAUCUGAAGCACGAGUGGUGAAUCUUUGAAACUGGCCACGCAAAUAGGUCAACGAAAUGGAUACAACGGGAUGAGGUUCGUAGAGAUGACACCUGAUCGUAAAUUCGAGCAAUUAGGUUACUAUCUGAAAGAUUGCUGUAUAUAGAAAUAAACGAUAUGCAGUGGGAUGCAAUUUAUAAGAAAGAUGUAAACAGUGGGAGGGAUGACGAUCCAAUAGGUGCAGCAUAUCUGGUCAACCAUUCCUCGAUUAUGGCAUAACUUUGACAACUCUACCAACCCCCUUGCGAUAGCAAGUCGAUAGCACGAGUAAACCCCAAUCAUGCGCUAAAAUUGCUGUUACCAUCUUCCUUGGAAUUCAAUACCUUCCGAUUUCUCUAAUUUCGCGACGUCAGUGUGAACGACGAUCUACAGGCAACGUGUUACAUUCGUCGAUUCGUCGACCGAUAGUACGAAACGAUCGCCCAUCGGCUUCACACCUUAUAAAGAAGGGUCCUUUCGCGUUCGUAGCUUCACGUUCACGUCCCUGGCUUGCGUCGAAGUAUGGCGAUUCCAUGGAUGGCGCCGAAUGGACCGCGCCUCCAGGAUGCAUGAAUAAUUUUCGUAUGAUCGUCACUGCGAAAUUCAAUCCGAAAAUGGACGAGGUGCCACCCAGGAUGCCACUCUACGAUCUUGAUGACUGAUACCGUUGUACCUUAGGGAAUUUCUUCAACGGGCCAGCCGUCAGUAAUCUGAGCGCGGCACGGGCGAUGAGAAAUGUAUACUGACGUCAUGCCGACACCCUCUUUGAUCAUUAUCAUUUUUUUCCCCCGAGAGCUCGUGCCUGGUCGUGCACACCUCGACGCUGCAUCUCGACGUCGUACGACGUUACCUCUCCGCUCGAGACGAUUCCUCUCGGUUAAUUGUCGACACGGCGAUCGAACCGUGUCGUUUCUUUCUUUUCGGACAGAUGUAACCCCUGGGAUCGCGUUGAUCUUAAUUAGGCGGCGACGAGACUGUAUAUACCCGAUUCUUGAGCGUCAUAGGAGGUAUAACCGUAACGAUUUAUCGUGGAACGAGUGGAUUUUGUCAUCGAAGGGCAUGUUGAACGGCAACCCCUACUUUAGAAUUAAUUGUUGAAUAGUAUCAUUGAUAGUUGCGCGGCUCAACGAGUUCAACGAGAUCUCUGAAGGAGUGAUUCAAAGUUGGGGAAGGAGGGGUAGGAAUGACACUUGACAAUUAAAUAUCUGCUACUGUUUUAAGAAAGUAAGAUUAUGGCACGAAGCAGAGUUGUGCCAGCACUUGCCAUUCCGGGGAUCUUUAUUCAAAUUAUUGUACGGAAUACCAUUUACGUCAGUAGAUCCAAUCACACGAGGCACCAUCUUCAGACUUUUCGGCAUUUAUCAUUCAAAUAAUCACGUCAUCGAUAAUUGUAUUAAACGUCAAGUUUAAUAGGAUCCCUGAAAGAGUGUUUAAUUACUAAUUAUAUAACUCAGGAGUUAAUACGAUCCUUGAAGAAUCUGGAGGAGCAGUGGAAGGAAUGAGUACAUCUCACAAAACUAUCGCCUAGACUUGUAACUGGUCAACAGAAGCAACGCUAUGGCAACAGACUGGUUCAACGACUCCUGUUCCAGAGAUCUUAUUCGACUCGUCGCGUUAUACAAAUUGUUCAGCGAAGAAUCGUUACGUUCAUGGCCCCUAUCACGCCGGCCACUAUCCUUAGAAGUUUCAUCGUUCGACUCCAACUACAUUCCAAACUCCGUAAUGGUCGCGCGACACACCGAGGGCGCGACUGUCGUUAAAUUAUCGUGAAAUUGUCGUUACCGAAGGCGAACCCAGGAAAUGGAGAAUUUCCCGGGAACGAGCACGCCGACGACCUCUCAUCGAUGGUUCUCAAGGCUAACGACGAACGGAACAUUCCCCCGAGCGCAGACAUUCCUUUGGCCGCGACGCGAAGAAGAGAUUCGUGAAAAGUUGACGCGUGCAUCGGCUAUUUGUGUUCCAUGUUAAUGCGAGUCUAUUCAAUUUCCCGUAGAAGACGAACCAUCAAUGGACCGGGGAAGCAGGGAACAGAGACCCCGUAUUGAACGCGACCGAUUUCCUACGAAGGCCCCACCUAGGGAAAUUAGCAUUUCAAGUGCCUUAACAGACGUCAACCGACAAACAACUAAUCGAGGCUUCGCAUUUGGAUCGAAAUCGCCUAUCACGAACGAGCGGUGCACGCUCGCGACCGACGAGAAUUCAGUUGGCACACUUUGGAUUCAAAUCGGGUCGAGGGCGGGAGAGACGGGGGCAAAUACGUUGGUAAUCGGUGUCGGGACACGCGACCAAUUCGUAAUCGCUGAAUGUUUGCUUUUGUCACUUCUGGAAGGCUUCGUUGUUCGAUUUUCCAAACAGUUAGCGUUCCUUGACUUCUGUUAACCCAUUGAGUACUAAAUUGUUGCUCUUCUAAAACUGACGUCUAUUUUCUAUAUGCAGUCUGUCCCAUAAGUAUUCGUACCCUGUACGCCUGCCGAAGGAAUUUAUUUAAACUAAAUGAUAGGCUUGAUGCUUCCAAAUAAAUUUCUCGUUAUAAACACAUACAUAAAUAUAAAGUUUAUUCACGUACAUAUUUAUAACGAAACAUUAUUUUGGAAACGUUAAACUUAUUGUUUAAUUUUGACAAAUUUCUUCAGUAGACAUAGAAGGUAUGAAUAUUUAUGGGUCUGACUGUAUUUAAUUCGAACAUAUUUCGUUAACACUCUAAUGGCUAUGUUAAUUUUCGCGAUAUAGAUUUUGACUGUAUUCAAGUAAGCAUAGAUUUGAUUUUUCAUCAAACAGUUUUGAUAUAAAGUACUCGUCAACUGCGUGGAUUCUGUGAUUAAUCUUGUAUCAAUAAUAGUAAUCUGUCACAAUGUUCAUUUGUGUGAUAUGUUUUAAAUAUCAAAAAGUUUCUUAAAAAUGAGAACAAGGAAUCGAAGAAAUUAUUUUUUAGGGUAGCACGGCCAUAGGGGUGUUAAAUGGAAAACACGUUUUCUUGUCAAGUUACGAUGACGAACCCUUUAAAUAGAAUCCUUUAACCUAGGUACAUGUAAUGAUAUCGAGAUACUUGUAAAUUAUACAAUGUAAAACGCCAAACAACACUACUGUAAGCUUCUACGAACAAUUUACUACGAAAGAUCAUAAGACCGUAAGACGAAAUUAGUUUUUAACUAAAAUCUGAGAAUAUCGCGUACUAGAAGAAUCAAGUAAAUUAGUGCUGAAUACUUGUUUUGUCCCUAUUGUAUUAUAAAAAGAAUUAUAAUAAACAUUACAGCACAUUUUGUUUAAGUUUCAACUUCAUCUCAUAACAAUCACACGAUACUCGAAUAAGUUUGAAUAUCAGAAAAAAAAAAUAUUUAUUCGAACAUCCUCCAAAAAGGAUAUUAGUACUUAAUGAGUUAGAUCGACUCUUUCUUUACUUUCAAUGCAACAAAUAACCGAAGGAACGAGAUCAUGUAUAAAAAGAGAAACGUUUCGCGUCGUCAUAUUUAAAAAUUGCAGCCCCAACAACUUCGAUCGUUUCAAUCGAUAGUUGCUCGAUCGCUUGAUGGUUAUCGACGUACCUGAAUUCGUUGUAAAACUCUCAAUUUCGCAAUUCUCGUGCGCUUACACGGCUGUCGAAAAAUAAUUCCACGGAAAAAAAAACGUAUUAAUAAUUUUAGGGAACCAUUAGAGUAACUUCUACGGCUGUACGAAAGCGAGCCCUUCGAAUGGAAACUGUGAAAAACCGAUAAAGAAAAAAAGGAAACGAAAAAAAAAAAAAAAAUAAGCGAACGCGAUGUAUCGAGCUUUUCGAAGACGAAGCUGACAGGUCAGCCUGUCGAAGUAGCGAUAAUUUUCCAUUAAUCGUUUCAAGGGCCAGUAAAGCAUACACACACGGACACGCACACGGGCAUACACACACGCAUCGGUCACUCACAUGCAUACCUUAUCAAGCAACUGCAAUAAAUUGCGUCUUUAAUCUGCGAUCAUGCGCGGUGCUCAAUCUUUCUUGGUGCUUUCGCACGUUGAAUUCGACGUGCGUAGAUAUACAUCAACGUGGACAAUAUGAGGAGAUCGGUUCUCGAAGAUCCAUUACGCAGAAGCGCAUAUAAGUGCAUCGCCGCGAAAGGUGUGCGCGCGUUUACGUCUGCGAGACAUCAGGCUACACGGGAGAUAAGACAGGACGUUGAAUAAAAUUUGCGUAAUUAUGCAACGUGUAGGUGGACAAAUUCUCCAAGAAUGUUCGGUAAUAUGAGCAAUCGUCUUGACUGUGUAGGUUCUGAAAUAUAAUCCUUCAGUUUCCUCCUUGCUUAAUAAAUAUGAAACGUACGUUUCUACCCUCUGAUCACAUAAUAACUCGUUUCAUAUAAUUAAAAACUCAAUUGUAUUUUCGUGACACGAUUAAAAUUUGUGCAAUUAGGAAACUAAAAGAUUACGAUUACUUUUUCCUUUCGAUAAGUUUAUCAGAACUGAAUUUCAUUUUUUUUUUUGCAAGUAUCAACUACAGUCGACAUUCCCCCAAGCUCGAGAUUAAAACCACUCGUCGCUAUUGCUGGAUGAAGCAAUAGCUAUAACCACGCGUUCCUUAAACAAAAAGUUCUCGCGCCUUUUAGACAGAGUUCACUGUGCUUUUAAAUUCAGAAAAUUGGAAAAAACCACUGUUGACGAUCUGGAAGACGAUUGAUCGACGUUACUUGAUCCCUACGAUUCGCGUCCAUUUUCAAACAUAAAUCGCUUCGUGUGGUCCAAUGUCUCCCGCGACGAGGAACGACGCGGUGAUUCUUGACUCCGAUACUGAAAUUCUCGUAAUGACACUAAACGGAACUACUAGGUCGUAAGAUAGACGCUAGCGGAGCAAUAACUACUGUAAAUAAUAUGUAAAGGUAAUCGUUGUUGAUCAUCGUCGAUGGACGAGCAGCGGAUCAACGUAGCAUAAUUCUUUCGCAAUAAUGUAAUCAAUGGGGGCCAGUAAUUCUCUCUCGGAUCUCGCACGGAUUUAGACACUGCGAGGCGCGUGGCGUGCCCUUGAUGCUGAAUUUCGCCGCGGUUCAUCUUCGUCGCGCAUCGUUCGUCGUUUCCCGCGGUAGAAGAAUCUAAAUUCGCGCGAAAACGAUUUCGGAUUCUUGGAACAAACAGCGUAACACUGGAACGCGAGUAUCCAACUCCAGCGUUAUCGAGAAACUUGAAGCAGAUUUGAGCAAUGAUUGCUUCUGUUAUCGUCGCUCAAAAUCAAUCAAAAUUAUAUACAUUUGCGAAUUAUCAAUCAUAAAUUAGUAAUUUUUCUGUGCUAAUCGUGUCUGAUUAUUCUUUAAUCGUCGUUAUUAAUUUCUGGGUAAUUAUUCUCCGAUAGCGAAUGGUGGAUUCUGGACGUCCAAUUUGUUGGAGUAUCGACGAACGUGUUUCAGUUGGACGCGGGAAGUGCACGAGCGAACGUUGACGAACAUUAACCGUCGCCGAAAUUCAGAAAAGGACGUAUCGUAAGUCGCGCGCCACCAACUAUUACUUUCUAAGGAUAAAACUGUAUAUGUCGCGUAGGUUUUUGCGUAGGAUCGAUAAUAAUAUAUUGUUACGACUCACUGUAUAAACGAAGGCAUUACUAUAUAAAAAAAAAAAAACAA